GAGGGGGCUUCGGCUCUGCGCUCCGCCGCUCCCCCGCCGCCUCCAUGGAGCGCCGGCCGCGCCGCCUCUGAUGCCCGGCCCGGCGCGCACCAUGGGGCCGCUGUGGCUCUGCUGCCUGCCCCUCGCCCUGCUGCCCCUGCUCGCCGCCGUGGAAGAGACCCUGAUGGACUCCACCACGGCCACGGCAGAGCUGGGCUGGACAGUGCAUCCUCCCUCGGGGUGGGAGGAGGUGAGCGGCUACGACGAGAACAUGAACACCAUCCGCACCUACCAGGUGUGCAACGUCUUCGAGUCCAGCCAGAACAACUGGCUGCGCACCAAGUACAUCCGCCGGCGCGGCGCGCACCGCAUCCACGUCGAGAUGAAGUUCUCUGUCCGCGACUGCAGCAGCAUCCCCAACGUCCCUGGCUCCUGCAAGGAGACUUUCAACCUGUACUAUUUCGAGUCGGACUUUGACUCAGCCACCAAGACUUUCCCUAACUGGAUGGAGAACCCUUGGAUGAAGGUGGACACGAUCGCUGCUGACGAGAGCUUCUCGCAGGUGGACCUCGGUGGGCGGGUGAUGAAGAUCAACACUGAGGUGCGCAGCUUCGGGCCCGUCUCCAAGAGCGGCUUCUACUUGGCCUUCCAGGACUAUGGGGGCUGCAUGUCCUUGAUUGCCGUCAGGGUCUUCUACCGCAAGUGUCCCCGCGUCAUCCAGAACGGGGCUGUCUUCCAGGAAACCCUCUCGGGGGCGGAGAGCACCUCGCUGGUGGCAGCCCGGGGGACGUGCAUCGCCAACGCGGAGGAGGUGGAUGUGCCAAUCAAGCUGUACUGCAACGGGGAUGGCGAGUGGCUGGUGCCCAUCGGGCGCUGCAUGUGCCGGGCAGGAUACGAGUCGGUGGAGAACGGAACUGUCUGCAGAGGCUGCCCUUCAGGGACGUUCAAGGCCAGCCAGGGGGACGAGGGCUGUGUCCACUGCCCCAUUAACAGCAGGACGACGUCGGAAGGAGCCACCAGCUGCGUGUGCCGCAACGGCUACUACCGCGCGGACGCCGACCCCCUGGACAUGCCCUGCACCACCAUCCCCUCUGCCCCCCAGGCUGUCAUCUCCAGCGUCAACGAGACGUCGCUGGUGCUGGAGUGGGCGCCGCCGCGGGACGCGGGGGGCCGGGAGGACCUGGUGUACAACAUCAUCUGCAAGAGCUGCGGCGCGGGCCGGGGCGCCUGCACGCGCUGCGGCGACAACGUGCAGUUCGCCCCGCGCCAGCUGGGCCUGGCCGAGCCCCGCGUCCACAUCAGCGACCUGCUGGCGCACACCCAGUACACCUUCGAGAUCCAGGCCGUCAACGGCGUCACCGACCAGAGCCCCUUCUCCCCGCACUUCGCCUCCGUCAACAUCACCACCAACCAGGCCGCUCCUUCAGCUGUGUCCAUCAUGCACCAGGUCAGCCGCACCGUGGACAGCAUCACCCUCUCCUGGUCCCAGCCUGACCAGCCCAAUGGAGUCAUCCUGGAUUAUGAGCUGCAGUACUACGAGAAGGGUCUGAGCGAGCUGAACUCGACGGCACUGAAGAGCGCCACCAACACCGUGGCGGUGCAGAACCUCAAGGCUGGCACCAUCUACGUGUUCCAGGUGCGGGCGCGGACGGUGGCCGGGUACGGGCGCUACAGCGGCAAGAUGUACUUCCAGACCAUGACCGAGGCCGAGUACCAGACGAGCGUGCAGGAGAAGCUGCCCCUCAUCAUCGGCUCCUCGGCAGCAGGCCUGGUGUUCCUCAUCGCCGUGGUCGUCAUCGCCAUCGUCUGCAACAGAAGACGUGGCUUCGAGCGAGCCGACUCCGAGUACACCGACAAGCUGCAGCACUACACCAGCGGCCACAUGACUCCAGGGAUGAAGAUCUACAUCGACCCUUUCACCUACGAGGAUCCCAACGAGGCUGUCAGGGAGUUUGCGAAGGAAAUCGACAUCUCCUGUGUCAAAAUCGAGCAGGUGAUCGGCGCAGGGGAGUUUGGCGAGGUGUGCAGUGGGCACCUCAAGCUUCCCGGCAAAAGAGAGAUCUUUGUAGCCAUCAAGACCCUGAAGUCUGGCUACACGGAGAAGCAGAGGAGAGACUUCCUGAGCGAGGCCAGCAUCAUGGGGCAGUUCGACCACCCCAACGUCAUCCACCUGGAGGGGGUGGUGACCAAGAGCUCCCCGGUCAUGAUCAUCACCGAGUUCAUGGAGAAUGGGUCGCUGGACUCCUUCCUGCGGCAAAACGACGGGCAGUUCACGGUGAUCCAGCUGGUGGGCAUGCUGCGGGGCAUCGCAGCGGGCAUGAAGUACCUGGCAGACAUGAACUACGUGCACCGGGACCUGGCCGCGCGCAACAUCCUGGUGAACAGCAACCUGGUGUGCAAGGUGUCCGACUUCGGCCUCUCCCGCUUCCUGGAGGACGACACCUCCGACCCCACCUACACCAGCGCCCUGGGGGGCAAGAUCCCCAUCCGCUGGACCGCGCCCGAGGCCAUCCAGUACCGCAAGUUCACCUCGGCCAGCGACGUCUGGAGCUAUGGCAUCGUCAUGUGGGAGGUGAUGUCCUACGGAGAGAGGCCCUACUGGGACAUGACCAACCAAGACGUGAUCAAUGCCAUCGAGCAGGACUACAGGCUGCCGCCGCCCAUGGACUGCCCCCACGCCCUGCACCAGCUGAUGCUCGACUGCUGGCAGAAGGAUCGCAACCACAGGCCCAAGUUCGGGCAGAUUGUCAACACCCUGGACAAGAUGAUCCGGAACCCCAACAGCCUGAAAGCCAUGGCCCCCCUCUCCUCUGGGAUGAACCUGCCCCUGCUUGACCGCACAAUCCCAGACUACAGCAGCUUCAACACUGUGGAUGAGUGGCUGGAUGCCAUCAAGAUGAGCCAGUACAAGGAGAGCUUUGCCAGUGCUGGCUUCACCUCCUUCGACAUAGUAUCUCAGAUGACUGUAGAGGACAUUCUGCGAGUUGGGGUCACUUUAGCAGGACAUCAGAAGAAAAUUCUGAACAGUAUCCAGGUGAUGAGAGCACAGAUGAACCAAAUCCAGUCUGUGGAGGUGUGAUAGCUACGUGUCCUCCUACUCCUCUUCCUCGAGGCCCUGCUCCCCUCUGCCCCUCCAUGUCCGAUCUCCGGGUCCUGAGUGUUCUGCAUGGACCAGAGACAGGCAGCUGCUCUGAGGACCGUGGCAGCAGGAGGAAACCCCCUGUCAUCAGUGAUGAGGAGUCACCAAGAGCUUCUAGAGUCUAAGCAAUGGAAAAAGGGAACACAAAAGACAGCUGUUUGGAAAAACCCAACCCUCUGGAAUAUUUUUCAGUGAUCACAAAGCAAUUUGCAUCUUUGGAAAGGGCUCCGAGGCCAAUGGGAGUCUCCGAAGGAAGAGAAGAGCAGCUUCAUCCACUGCCUCUUGCACAAGGCUGCUGCAGCUGGGUCCAGGCACCUCUGGAGCAAGGAGGAUUUUUCAGGAGGAGAGAUGCCAAGCGAGGUGAGGAGGAAGAAGCACUGCUGCUGCUCUCGGGGAUGCUGGCUCUGGGCACCUCCUGCAGCCAGCACUCCUUCCCCAGCCCCUGGCAGCAGCUCGGAGGGGAGGGAGAGCUGCAGCUCUUUGGUGCUGUGGAACCAAGGGCAGCUCAGAGGCUGCUGGACUCCUGCAGGAGCUGAGGACUUAUUUUUUAAAAACAAAACACAAAACAAAGCAAAGCAAAACAAAACACAAAGCAAAACAAAAACUGAGACCAGAAGAGGCAGUUUGCAGCACCCGAAAAGGAGUCUGUAACCCUCAGGGGGGUGGGGAUGGGCCAGAGCCAAUCCUUCUUUUCCCAUCUCUUCUCUUCUCUUGUGGUGGAAGCAGUUCUGUGAGGGGCAGUGCCCUGCCCAGGCAGCCUGCAGUGUCUCAGACAUAUCAUGCACAGGACUCUUAGUGAUGCCCUCACUAGAUGCCAAUGAUCUGUCCCCAGGAGCCCUCCCCAGUCCAGUAUGUAGUGGUUUUGAUGACAAAUGCUGACGUGUCCCUUUCUUUUUGGGUUGUCAUUGGGGGGAGGUUUGUCCCUUUUACCUUCUUUUGUUAAUGCCAAGUUGGGGAGUCUGGGGUUGGAAGUGUUUUCUCGGGGGUUGGUUUGGGUUUUUGGGUUUGUUUUGGUUGGUUGGGGUUUUGUUUUCUAAUGAAGAAAAAGCAAAAUGACAUCUCCAAGCAUCAUAUCAGUCAAGAACUUAAAUCCCUUCCCUCAGGGAGGACAAAUUGCAGCUUACUGACAAUGUGCCAGGAGAAAAAAAAAAGUUUUUUAUAUGCACA